AUGUCACGGUUUGUAACCGCAUGGGGCAAUGAAAUGAUAUGUCGCCACGAUGACCCGCCACCUCUGCAAUCAUUCAAAUCACUGUUUUACGGCUCCGAGAAACAUUCGCUGGUCUACAUCAUGAAGUCCACAGACAAAACCCCAAACGUGACAAAAUGGACGCUGAACCCCAACCCCACUCGGGUGCGCGAUAAUCAACGUCGUCAUCGCGCGCGUGCCAAAGCCCGCACUGAGUCUCUUGAGGCCCAGUUGAACGCGACGCAGCAAGAGUUACGAGCCGCCCAGGCGCGCAUUCAUGAGCUCGAAUCUCUUCUUACUACACAUCAACCCGUGUUCAUCUCUGAGCAAGUCGGGCUUGGGGCAUCCAAUGGUGGCUGUGAUGAGCCGACGUGUUAUCGUCAUAUCCUUACAACCAUCGACCAGCGUUCUAGACAACAGUAUCUGGAUGAAAAUGCGGUCGCUCCACUUUUUGAGAUACCGCCAGCCGAUGCACUCGCGUCUAAUAUGUUUUCUACGGUUCAGCAGUAUGAUAAAGACGAUCGAUUACCCCCAGUCGCGGUUGGCGAAUCGACGACCCUUUGUCGCGUGGCAUAUGAAAUCAUCAGUCAGCACAAUAUCACUGGCGUUGAGUCAUCUGAGAUAGAGCAAUGUCUCCGGCCGGGCUUCAGGCGGGCGACAAGGGGGGGAGAAGGAUGCAGGGUUGAGACCACGAUUCUGUACGCGUUGAUUGAUCGCAUCAACCCUGUCUGA